UGAGAGGCAGACUGGCGCGCUUGUCCGGAUGCUGCAGGGGCAGGAUCGACUGUUCUCCCGGUACAGGAGUGGACUAUCGAUGGAUUGCUAUCGGGUUUCCGUCUUGUUUCGGUCGUGAGAAGCGCCGGGGAUCGUUGGGGCUUUACUACGCUGAUAUUUUCCGGUGUUUUCAUCUUUUGGGAGAAGUUACGAGCAGCAUGCUGCUCUCGAAGCUGAGCUCCUUCUCUCACAUCUCGUCCAGCAUGGAUCUGCCGGCGAAGCUCCAGCAAGCCAAGGCGGAGAAGCAGCCGUUUGAGAAGCUGUACCGGCUGGGUUCGGUGCUCGGCAGCGGAGGGUUCGGCACCGUCUACUCUGCGGUGCGCCUCGCGGACGGGCUGCCGGUGGCGGUGAAGCACGUGUGCAGGGACAGAGUGAACGAGUGGGGCUCUCUGUGUGGCGUGGUGGUUCCUCUGGAGAUCGUGCUGUUGAAGAAGGUGGACGGGGCCUUUGGCGGUGUGGUGCAGCUGUUGGACUGGUGCGAGCGGGCGGACGGCUGGCUGAUGGUGAUGGAGCGUCCCGAGCUGGGACAGGACUUGUUUGAUUACAUCACGGAGCGCGGCGCACUGGACGAGGCGGCGGCGCGCAGCUUCUUCCUGCAGGUGCUUGAAGCCGUGCGUCACUGCUACACCUGCGGCGUCGUCCACCGAGACAUCAAGGACGAGAACCUGCUGGUGGACCUGAGGACCGGACAGAUAAAACUCAUUGACUUCGGCUCGGGGGCCUUCCUCAAGGACGCCGCCUACACCGAGUUCGAUGGAACUCGGGUGUAUAGUCCUCCAGAGUGGAUCCGGUUUCGCAGGUACCACGGUCACUCUGCCACGGUCUGGUCGCUCGGUGUGCUGCUGUACGACAUGGUGUGUGGGGACAUUCCCUUUGAACAGGACGAGGAGAUCCUGAGAGGACACGUCUACUUCAGACGAAAAGUGUCCUCAGAGUGCGAGCAGUUGAUUGGCUGGUGUCUGAGCCAGCAGCCCUCUGACCGGCCAACCCUGGAGCAGAUCCUCCUCCACCCCUGGCUGACCAGCAGUGAUGGCCAGCAGACAGAUGAAGGAGGCGUCACGCUUCACCCCAUCACAGCCGACUCCUCCUCGUCUUCUACCUCCAGCCAGCAGAGCCUCUGAUUGGUCAAAAAGAAGCUGCCAGGGGAUGUGCUUUGGACUUGGUUGGACAGCUGUCCCCUGGUGGUGUGUUUGACAUGAGUCACCUUGUGAUUGCAGUGCGGUCACUCAGAGGUGUGGGCGCGAGUGGCGGUCGCGUUCAGGAUGAGGUUGACGCUGUGCGGCUCCACGGUGCCCCCUCCUGUUCAGCGGCGAAGCUGCUCUCGGAGAGCCUCAGUACCUGGUGUUCCUGUUUCAGUGCCUUGAGUCCGAAAGCAGUGGGCGGAGCUGCAGAUGGGGAGUCGGUGUGGACUGUUCUUCAGAGGUUGUUUUAGUCUACGUAAUAAAGUUCUGACCCAAAGAGUUCUUGUGGUUUAAAAUAAAAAUGUGGUAAAAUCACAGAAGAAAUCUGCCAGGUUGUUUUUCAGCGUGUCGGAUUAACUCUCAGUUAAACCUGAGUGUGAAGACGUCCAUGUUUUCUGGUUCCACAGUCCGUCCUCGCUGUCAGUGUAAAAUGCACAGUCAAUGCAAAUGUCAGUUUUGAAAUGUUUUGUUUUUUUGUACAUUUUUCUUGUAUUUAUUUAGUAAAGAGACAUUCCUCGUAAUGUGGUUAUUUAUUUAAGCUGUUUCCUUUUUUUUUUCUUUUAAAUUUUUCUCAUGUUCAGUUUAACAGUUUAAAAUUUAUUAUGAUGUUUGCAGUUUUUGCUGGUUUCAAAAUCUACAAUUCUUAAGGGGAGUAAAGUAUUUUUUCAAUUUGUUUUCCAAAUUAAAGCUUUUGUAGGUAAACUGAUUCUUUGUGUUAUGUUUUUCAAGCUUGUCACUUCACUCUGUACCAACAUGUUGCCUUAAAAAUACCCACAGAUUCACAUCACUGA